AUGGGUAACUCAUCAUCAUUGUUGCCAGAAGAAUGGCAUGUGGUUAUCGUUGGGGGCGGAUUUGCCGGUGCCCGGCUCGCUCACAACCUUAAAGGAAAAUGCAAAUUUACAUUGAUUGAUGGACGGGACGGUAUGCAUUAUGCUGUAGCGUCGCUGAGAGCUUCCGUGGAAUCAGGUUUUGCGGAGCAUAUCUUUAUACCGUACACGGAUAUUGUGGAGAAAGACAGUUUCAAAAAAGGCACGGUUACUGGGAUUGACCCCGAAAACAAAAUAGUAAAAAUGGAAAAUGGAGAAGAAAUCAUUUACACUCAUUUGGUUAUAUCGACCGGGACCAGCGUACCAUUUCCAGGAAAACUACCUUUGGAUGUAGAUAUGUCUGAGGGAAAGGAGAUAUAUGCAAAACUGGUUCAAGAGAUAGAAAAGUCCAACAACAUUGUAAUCAUUGGUGGUGGAGCAGUGGGCGUCGAAAUGGCAACGGAAAUCGCCGAGGAUCAUCCGAAGAAACAAGUGACCGUGAUUCAUUCCAAACAAGUACUUGUUUCAGACGCUUUCAGUAAUAAAUUCCACAAGGAGACGAGGCGUCAAUUGGAUGCCUUAGGAGUCAAACUGAUAUUGGGAGAAAAAGUUGAGAACAUGGAUGAUCUUCCUGAUCAUUUCAUGGAAGAGAAGUUCAAAGUUACGACGAAUAAAGGCAACGAAAUUGAGGCAAACUUGAUUAUUAAAUGCACUGGAACCAAAGUGAACACAUCCGCAUAUGCAGAAUCUCUUGGUGGUUCAAUGGACGAGAUAGGUCAGCUGAAGGUCAAUGACUUCUUCGAGGUGGAAGGUCAAAACCAAAUCUUCGCUAUUGGUGAUUGUUGCAAUACCAAUGAGACAAAGAUGGCUUUCAGGGCAGGUUUUCAUGCAGACUUAAUAGUUCAGAACUUCAUACAAGAAUCAAAAGGCAACAAAAAACAUCCAUACAAGCCAAAAGGCCCAAUUAUGAUUCUGUCAUUGGGUCGUAAUGGUGGAGUCUUUCAAAUAAACUCCUUCAAUUUCGGAAGUUUUGCAGCCAGGAAACUGAAAAGCAAAGAUAUGAUGGUUAACAAAUAUUACAAAGACCUUGGUCUCAAACCGCCCAAGAAAUGA